ACCCCUUCAUAGAAGAAGCAACUUUGAGGGAAGUUUGAGAGGGAGACAGAGGGGGAUGCAACAACCUCGAAGCUAGUUCAAACUAGUGGGAGGUUGUCUGCAGAAGCAAAGCAAAUAAAAAGUAUAAGACUCGAUCGAUUAGUAAAUAGUACUGCCAAAAAAAAAAAGAUAAAAUAAAAGAAAAACAGAAAGGUGAUUGAAUCAAUGGCUCGUGGAAAGAUUCAGAUGAAGAGGAUUGAGAAUCCAGUUCACCGGCAGGUCACCUUCUGCAAGCGCCGAGCAGGGCUCCUGAAGAAGGCAAAGGAGCUCUCUGUACUUUGUGAUGCCGAAAUUGGAGUUUUCAUUUUCUCAUCCCAUGGAAAGCUCUAUGAGCUAGCCACCAAAGGAACCAUGCAAGGGCUUAUUGAGAAGUACAUGAAGUCCAACCGAGGGUCUCAGCUUACUUGCCAAUCCAUGGAAACACAAUCUUUGGCUGCACAACAGGAGAUAAGCAUGCUGAAACAAGAAAUAGAAAUACUACAAAAAGGCCUCAGGUAUACAUUUGAAGGGGGAGCUGCAACAAUGUCUUUGGAUGAACUGCAAGUUCUUGAAAAGAAUCUUGAAAUUUGGAUUUAUCAUAUACGCUCAACAAAGAUGGACAUUAUGUUUCAAGAGAUCCAGCUAUUGAGGAAUAAGGAGGAAAUACUGGAAGCUGCAAAUAAGCAUUUACAAGAUAAGAUAGAGAAUACUGAUGGGACACUUAACUUUGUACCUAUGAUGACUAACCAUCCAUAUCCGCUAACCUUACAGAAUGAGAUAUUUGAGUUCUAGGUUUUUUCUCUAUCACUGGCAUACGUAUAAAUCUUAUUAUUAUUGUUAAAUUGUUGUUGGUUAAAUUACGUUUGGAUGUGUGAUUAUAUUUAGAACCAAAAAAAAAAAAAAAAAAGCAAAACCCAAAAAUUAAACAAACAAACUUUUGGAUGUGUGGCACACUUAAUUUCAUACUAUUUGUAAGUGGGUUUGUACCAAUAAGUAUCCAGAUACUGUAAGUCACUUUGGAAUA